GCCCGGAAGCGGAAGCCACUUUGGGAAACGGAGAACCCCCUAACCGGCUACCGAUCAGUGUCAAGACCUAGUUAUUACCGGGUGUUUCCGGGGGAGGGUGGAGGGCCGGUGUUCAACUCGGUGUUGCUGCCGCUUCCGAGGGUGGCAGACCUGGGGCUUUGCCGUGCUUCCAUCCCUAGGCCGGGUAACGUUUCUCUUCUCCAUCUCUGCACCUCGGGACAGAGCCCAGAAGACCUGUACCUAAGUUCGGAGAGAGGACAAGGGUCGUAGGGACGAAAUCCUGGAUUGCCCGGUAGUUUGGGAAACACAUUUUCUUCAGCCCGCAGCGGUGGGGCGUCAAGCCUCGACAGUCCAACCCUGAGGCUCUAGUUUCUAUUUGGUUGUCCUAGCCCUCGUGGUGCUUCGUGUAGCUAGGCAGACGAUUCUCCCCGAGUAAAUACAGUGUAAUUGGUCGUGGUGGCGAGAGGGGUGAAGGAGGGCUCGAGGGCCUUUUUUAGACUAUUGCUAGAAAAUUGGGAGCAUAAGCUUGCAGAUAUUACUAGUAACCAAACGAGGAAAAAGGUGGGUUUUUUUUUUUUUUGGUGUGUUAUCCUUAAAGGAAAAGGAAAAGUAGCUACGAUGUACUCCGAUGGUUCUUAACCUUUUGGGGAUCACAUACACCUUGGAAGUUUGUGGAAGGCCAGGGACGACUCUUAAAAAAAAUGGGCACACACAAAACUUGUCAUACAGUUUUGAGAGUCGUGGAUUCUGAAGCCCAUUUGUGAACCCUCUAAGUGUCUGUCUGAAUCUCAGGUUAAGAACCUUAUCCUGGAUACUGUACUUUACACUUUAUUUAUGUUUCCUCCUUUGACCUUCACAAUAACUGAGUAAGAAUAGCAUCCUGGAACACCAGAAGAGAUGCAUCUUGUGGCUAAUUGUGCCCUGCACUAGAGAGAAGUCCCGGGAUGACGUUCUUGGGCUAUAUUUCUCCAGCCUGGAAUUUACCCAGUUCAUUCGAAAAACAUUGACGCUCUGCUUGUCGUGACACAUCCCAGUGAAGGUCUGAUGGACAGACCCUUUCUGUUGACCUUGCAGUUUUUUUUUUUCCAUGUGGAAGUUGGAAGAUAAAGGUGAAAAGGGCAAAAGUGAUCUGCUUUGGUGAAUAGGAGUGCCCCUCUCAGUUCUCAGAACAUGGGCCCUCGUUUAAAGCUGCAGCUGUGAUCCUCGGCUGUCUGUUGGCAUUGAAGAGACCUGAUGUUUUACGUUAUUGGUGGAAUCACAGUGUCUGUGGUUGCAUUCUUCUUCACAAUUAAGUUCCUCUUUGAGCUUGCCGCACGUGUAGUCAGCUUCCUCCAGAAUGAGGACCGUGAGCGCCGAGGGGACCGGAGUAUUUAUGACUACGUGCGGGGAAAUUACCUGGAUCCUCGGUCUUGCAAAGUCUCCUGGGAUUGGAAGGACCCCUAUGAGGUGGGCCACAGCAUGGCCUUCCGAGUGCAUUUAUUCUAUAAGAAUGGGCAGCCUUUUCCUGCAAAUCGGCCCGUGGGACUAAGAGUUCACAUCUCCCAUGUUGAGCUGGCAGUGGAAAUUCCAGUGACCCAGGAAGUCCUUCAGGAGCCCAACUCCAACGUGGUAAAGGUGGCCUUCACUGUACGCAGGGCUGGGCGUUAUGAAAUCACAGUGAAGCUUGGUGGAUUAAAUGUGGCCUAUAGUCCCUACUACAAAAUUUUUCAACCUGGAAUGGUGGUUCCUUCCAAGACCAAAAUUGUGUGCCAUUUUUCUACUCUUGUGUUGACUUGUGGGCAGCCACACACCCUUCAAAUAGUGCCCCGAGAUGAGUAUGACAACCCUACCAACAAUUCCAUGUCCUUGAGAGAUGAGCACAAUUACAGUUUGUCCAUUCAUGAGCUUGGUCCUCAAGAAGAAGAAAGUACUGGUGUCUCAUUUGAGAAUUCAGUAACAUGCAACAGGCAGACUUGCCAAGUGUUCUUGCGACUCACCUUGCAUUCUCGUGGGUGCUUCCAUGCCUGCAUCUCAUACCAAAAGCAACCAAUCAAUAAUGGCGAAUUUGACAUUAUUGUCCUAAGUGAGAGUGAAAAGAAUAUUGUCGAGCGUAAUGUAUCCACCUCAGGGGUGAGCAUUUACUUUGAGGCUUAUCUUUAUAAUGCCACCAACUGUACCAGCACACCGUGGCACCUUCCACCCAUGCACACGAGUUCUUCCCAGCGCCGGCCUUCCACUGCUGUCGAGGAGGAAGAUGAGGAUUCCCCCUCUGAGUGCUACACCCCCGAGAAGGUGAAGAAACCAAAGAAGGUGUACUGCUACGUGUCGCCAAAGCAAUUCUCUGUGAAGGAGUUCUACCUGAAAAUCAUUCCCUGGCGCCUUUACACCUUCCGAGUGUGUCCAGGAACAAAAUUUUCGUACCUUGGCCCUGACCCUGUCCAUAAGCUCCUCACACUGGUGGUGGAUGAUGGCAUCCAACCUCCCGUGGAGCUCAGCUGUAAGGAGAGGAACAUUCUAGCAGCCACUUUCAUCCGCUCCCUCCAUAAGAACAUAGGAGGCUCUGAGACCUUCCAGGACAAGGUGAACUUUUUCCAGAGAGAGCUUCGGCAGGCACAUAUGAAAAGACCACAUUCCAAAGUCACCCUGAAGGUCUGCAGACAAACCUUGUUGGAAUCGUCUCUGAAAGCCACUCGGAAUUUCUCCAUCUCAGAUUGGAGCAAGAACUUUGAAGUGGUUUUCCAAGAUGAAGAAGCUCUGGACUGGGGAGGGCCUCGCCGGGAAUGGUUCGAGCUGAUCUGCAAGGCGCUAUUUGAUACCACCAAUCAGCUCUUCACUCGAUUCAGUGACAACAACCAAGCAUUAGUGCACCCCAACCCUAACCGCCCUGCUCAUUUGCGGCUGAAGAUGUAUGAAUUUGCAGGGCGGCUGGUGGGCAAGUGCCUCUAUGAGUCCUCUCUAGGUGGAGCCUACAAGCAGUUGGUCCGAGCUCGCUUUACCCGAUCUUUCCUGGCUCAAAUCAUAGGACUACGUAUGCAUUAUAAGUACUUUGAAACAGAUGAUCCAGAAUUCUACAAAUCUAAAGUUUGUUUUAUUCUCAACAAUGACAUGAGUGAGAUGGAGCUGGUCUUUGCAGAGGAGAAAUAUAACAAAUCAGGUCAACUGGAUAAGGUUGUAGAACUCAUGACAGGUGGAGCUCAAAUCCCAGUGACCAAUGCAAAUAAAAUCUUCUAUUUAAACUUGCUGGCUCAGUAUCGGCUGGCCAGUCAAGUGAAAGAGGAGGUGGAACAUUUUCUAAAAGGUCUGAAUGAAUUGGUCCCGGAAAACCUUUUGGCUAUUUUUGAUGAGAAUGAGCUUGAGCUGCUGAUGUGUGGGACUGGAGACAUCAGUGUGUCUGACUUCAAAGCCCAUGCAGUGGUGGUUGGUGGUUCAUGGCAUUUCAGAGAGAAGGUCAUGAGGUGGUUUUGGACUGUGGUUUCCAGUUUGACCCAGGAGGAGCUGGCUCGGCUGCUUCAGUUCACAACAGGUUCCUCUCAGCUACCACCUGGAGGCUUCGCUGCCCUCUGCCCCUCAUUCCAGAUUAUUGCGGCUCCAACCCAUAGCACGCUACCUACUGCACACACGUGUUUUAACCAGCUGUGCCUCCCUACAUAUGACUCGUAUGAAGAGGUGCACAGGAUGCUGCAGCUAGCCAUCAGCGAGGGCUGUGAGGGCUUUGGCAUGCUCUGAUCACUGUCCUGUCAUCCACUCAGCUCCUGAAUGGGCGCACGUUACAGACACCGUAACCUCUGGCCCUAACACUCAUGUGACCAUCAACCAGAAAAUGCCGCAUGUUCCCUGUGUCUGGAGUAUUUUGUCUUCAACAAGCCUGUCUUUACCUCAGUCCCUUCUUGCCCAUAUCCACCACAGGCCACUUCGGCAUGGUACGUAAUCUGGGCUCUAAGUUCAUUCCCAAGAAGAGGACCGUGCUGCUGUAAUUUAAUUUGGUUCUUUGAAGAUCUUAGUUGGUGGAGCUGCCUCAGUAGCUGAGGGAGAUUGCACAAAGGGCUGAGCUCUGUUGGAAAUUUGGUGUGCAGAAAGUCUGAAGUCCACAUUUGCUCCAACUCCUGCUGCUAAUACUCCUUGGAGGUACGUUGUUUGGCCCUCAGUGCAGACCUGACUGGUACCCAAGUCCUUCUCUGUAAGGAGGGCAUUUGUCUCUUCUCAUCAGGAGCCAGGAGAAGCACAGAGAGGAAAUGGCCCACGUGUGCAAUUUUUAGUUUCAUUCCUUUGCACAGUGGCGGGUACAGGACUACCUAUAAUGGGGACUGAUAGCUCAAAAGGAUUUUUUUUUUUUUUUAUGGUAUCAAAACUGGAAAAGGAGCUUUCCCACAGGCAUUUCUGGAAAUGAUUAGUAAUCCACAAAGAAGAACUCUCCAAGCUUUUUCUUGAAUUUCAGCCAGGUGAGAAAAGCAGACAGAAGAUCUAAGAAUGUGAGCUAUAGCUGGGCUGUAGCCUCCAUUGCUGAACAUGAUCCUCCUGUAGGGUUAUGGGGCAUGCCUAGGCACAUACCUGGCUUGAAGACUACUGAUGAUUUUCCUGCGUUUGUUCCUUACACUGAGGUGUGGCUGGGCCUGGCCACUUCCCUUCCGAGUUACACAGUCUGCUAAGAGCUAGGAAUUCUUCUCUGACAUGACUUCAGAGGGUCCCACCAGGUCUCUCUUCUAGAUUUCUACUGAAGAAAAUUUUGUAGCAAAGGAAUGAGACAGAAUAGCAUGCCAGGGAUCCCUGAUUCUCUUUUUGCUUGGUGUUCUCUGGCAGCACUGAGGCAAGGAAAGAGGGACCAGGAGUUAAAGUGCUUGUCACGGUUCCUUUCCCUUGGGGUCAAGACACUGGGAGCAGACACAGAGCUGUGUCACGCACUAAACACAUAGCUGUCCCAGUGACUUCACUCCCUCAGGUACCUGAAAGGGGAACUGAGGAGGGAGGAAGAUAUAUUAGGUUCACAGUAGGGUGAUGAUUGAAGAGAAUCUGCAGCCGUCUCUUGGAAGAUGACAACAUCCUUUUUCACUACAAUUUGGAUGAAAAUUGUUUCAGGAUCCAAAAUCUCAUUGACUCCCCAAAUUUCUGUUUUUAAGAAGGCUUUGCUGCAAGUUACAAUUUCCAGUGGAGCAUUCACUCUGAGAAUAUUACAAGCCAUCUUUAUUGCCAAAACCCAGCAAGUACACGGAGUCCUGAGACGAGGCAGGACUUGUGGCAAUGCCUUGGCCUCCUGGAAGCAUGUCUGAGCCCUCCCUCCCCCGCCCCCCCCCCGCCCACGCUGGGCGGAGAUCCGAGUAACAAGCCCUCCGAAGCUGCUGUGGUUCCUGCCUGACUCUCUCCUUUGCAGUUGUCAUUUUGCCCUUUCUUGGCGUGGGUGCUGACCUCCCUCAUCCUUGGGGUCCAGGAUCCAGCACCAGGGCUGGAUCUACACCCCAGGAUCCUCCAUGCCACAUGGUCACUGCUCUCCUCAGGGACCAGGACAAGGUGCUGCUGUUUGCCCCAGUUUUUUCCCAUGGGAUAUGCACAGGCAAGUUCAGUCGUCACGACCAUGAUGCUGCCCCUCGGGCCCAUGUAGGGAUUUCCAGGUUGGGGCACGUGGGCUGGUUCUGCUGUCUCUGGCAGUUGUUGCACUUCUGGAUCCUGCAUUCACCACUCCCGCAGCCUUCAAGAGACUGAAGCCGGAGAUCACGUUGACUUUCUUGGCCAGAUCUGUCAUUUUUAGCUCUGGUCAUAGCUCUUUUUCAGAGAACCCUGGUCACCAUUGCAUCCCAACUGGGCCAGUGUCAUCCCCGUGGUGGUCCUUCAGCACCAGAGUCUUUGUUUAACAGAACCCUUUGGUAUAUUGUGGUUUUCUAUUCUUCCAGUUUACUCCCUUUCUUCUAACUUUAUUCAAAAGGAUCUUUGUUCUUUUUUGCCUCUCCUUUUAUCUUUUUUUUU